GGAAAGGAGAAGCUGCGUACAUAAAGGCACCUGAGAUUCUUAGACCACUGGAACAUCACCAGGAGAAGGCAUCCAAGACAGAAUAAACAUCGCCACCUUGUAAGUUAGAACUUCUUUGUUCGCCGGUUGAAAAGAGGGGAAGAAGACUUUAGAGGUGAACGUGAUUUGCUCCGGAAGCAUUAGGAAUCCUGCAGGUCCAAUAGGAUGAUGAUUGCCUGGAGAGAGAAAGGGAAAUGGGGGAAAAUCAUUACAGGGCUGCACCGAUUGGUGGUGCAGGAUGGUGGAAGCCUACCCUGUUCCUCGAGCAGUAGGAAAACGGACUGCUAGACAGAUGGGGUUGUUUUUAGAAAGAAGAUUCCACCUAAACAUUAGGAAGAACUUCCUGACAGUAAGAGCUGUUCUACAGUGGAAUUUGCUGCCAAGGAGUGUGGUGGAGUCUCCUUCUUUGGAGGUCUUUAAGCAGAGGCUUGACAACCAUAUGUCAGGAGUGCUCUGAUGGUGUUUCCUGCUUGGCAGGGGGUUGGACUCGAUGGCCCUUGUGGUCUCUUCCAACUCUUCUAUGAUUCUAUGAUUCUAUAAUGUCUAAUUAUGGGUGCUCACGGUUUAAUCUUUGUGUAACUGUCUUUGAUACUUUCCAAGCCGCUUAGAAGCCUGUUUAGGAAUUAAGCAGUACAGUGGUACCUCGGGUUACAUACGCUUCAGGUUACAUAUGCUUCGGGUUACAUACGCUUCAUGUAACAGACUCCGCUAACCCAGAAAUAGUACCUCGGGUUAAGAACUUUGCUUCAGGAUGAGAACAGAAAUCGUGCGGCAGCAGCACGGCAGCAGCAGCAGCUAAAGUGGUGCUUCAGGUUAAGAACAGUUUCAGCUUAAGAACAGACCUCCAGGACAAAUUAAGUUCUUAACCCAAGGUACCACUGCAAAUAAAUAGCUAACCAAGCAAGCAACAUAAAACUGGGUUUUAAUUAAUUAAAGAGGAUAGGGAGACAAAUGAAAUUUAUUUGGAACGAGAAACAGCGUGGAGGAAGAGGUUCUUCCCAAAUCAGCUGGUCUAGGAACACAGGCGAUUUUGCCUUCCAAAACUUAGGGAAGUUGGAUUGGCUCGCUUGCCAGAGUCAUCCAUUUCUGGCCUCUAGCGCUUCCAUUCUGGUGGCUGUAAUGCAAUUAAUAAAACCACUAUUACUGGUGAACAGUAGUUUUAUUAAUCCCAUGUGGGUAAUUCUGGUUAUUUUUUUUACAACAAAAUAAAUAUGAAAGUCAUCGUUAAAUGUAUUAAAUUUGUUCAGUUAUCAUGGGCAGCAUUCAACUACUUUUAUUAUUUUUGCUCUAGAAUUAUCACUAGUGCAAUGAGAUUUUGAACCUCCCCUACCCCAAAUCUUCCCCAGAGAGUUGUGGGGACUGGAUAUGAGGAGAGCAUUUCAUUGUGCAAAGAGAAAUCCUUGUGCAAGUCUCACCUUAGUGCUACAUUGAAUACAAUGCAAUGCUUCUUAGCUCCUCUUUAACCUCGAUUAAUAAAUAACAUCAGUGUGGACUUGUGAAAUUGGGGUGUUUAGUGGAGCCUCAGCUUAAUUGGACUGAAGUAAUUUUCCUUCAUAAAAGAACAGUCGGAUGUUGUAAACAGUGGAGACUCUUCCAUUACAGCUUCCGGGGCACAUAUCUGUCAAUCAGAAUAUCGAGAAAUGUUUUUAAUGCUGCAAAAAAAAAGAAAUAUCAAAGCCACACUUCCCCACCCAGCACACAUUUUAUACUUCUAUGAAUCUGCAGAGGCUUGUGGAGGCAUUUUUGUCAGUCUUCUGUUUCCUGGCCGGUCAGCUGUCUGGCACCACUCAGCCAACCCUAACCCAGAAAUAUGGCCAGGGCCGGCCUGUCCAUAGGGCAGAUGGAGGAAGCUGCCUCAGGCGGCAGAAUCCAAGGAGUGUCUGUGCAUGUGUGGCCAACGCUGAAGAAGCAAGGAGAGGCGGCCGAGAUCAUCCUGGGCUCCAGCAGGAUCUCACAGGAAAAAACAUGUGACUGCUAUUUGAAUAUUAGGAUUAUUUAGUAUUAAAAGGACUGCUGGCUUUUUACCCAGUGCUGACCACACUGCUGCUCUCACUAAUUUUUUUUUGAGGAGUAUUUAGUAGCCACUAUAUCAGAUAAUGGAGGAAAGCCUUGAAAGCACAACACCAUGAAGAUGUUCAGAGCUGUUUCCUCCUCAUAAUUUUUUGUUUGUACUAGUAACCAGAGAAGCAGGGGGGGGGGGAUGUUUCCUACUCUGAGGAACUUUUUGUUUUUUUUAAUACCGUAUUGACCUGAAUAUAAGCCUCACCCCCCCCCCCAAUUCCAACUGUGAAAAGUUAAAGUGUGGCUUAAAUUCGGUACCUUACAAAAACUGACUUUUAUGAUCUCGCUGCUGGAACAGACAUACAGUAAAACGGAACAGGUGUGAAUGCCUGCAGAAUUUUAAGGGAACGUCUUAUAUUUGGGUAUUGUCUUUUUUUCUUUUUUCCCCUUGAAUUUUAAAGGUGUGGCUUAUAUUCGGGCCAAUACGGUAUUUGUGGUCGUGUGUGUGUGUGUGUGUGUGUGUGUGUGUGAGAGAGAGAGAGAGAGAGAGAGAGAGGGAGCAAGCAAGCAUGGACUCUGUGUGUGUGUGUGUGUGUGUGUGUGUGUGUGUCCUUCUGCAAUAAAUAUUUAUAGAUUUUUCUGAAUAAUUUUGCAUUUAUUUUUGUGAAUUAAAUUGGGAGGAGAUACAGUGGAUGGCUUGUGAAGCAACAAACUCUGUGCUCAGGUGUCCCUGCCUUCACCCAUUAAAAGCUGCAUCAGCAGCUGGGUGGAGCCGGGCAAGGCAGGGCACCUCGAUCUGAGUGACAUGCAAUUCCAGAGUAUUUCCCAAAUAGGUGUGUGAAUUUGCUUUCAAGAAGCCCCUUCCUUAGCUCGGCCCAAUCCUGCCAUGGUUGUGAGCACACCAGGAGCCCCAUGUGCUUGUCUGUCCUUUGUCAAGCGCUCCUGUACGGUCCCUGUGCACAAAAUGUUCUUGUAUUUUUAGGGGAUAUUUUACUAUCACUGAAGCUAGGGGAGAAAAACCUCAGAAGCAAAGUUACUUUGAUCAGGUAGACAUCUGUGCUGGAAGGCAAGUCAAUACAGCAUGCAAAGGGGAUGGUGACUGUAAGGUGAACAAGAACAACAGUCUACUGAACUCAGCUACAUUAGUGGAAAAAAACAAAACUUUGAAUGCGUUAUAAACAUGCAACACCAGAUGGUGCUAGAGAGCAAAAAAAAAAUCUUUGUGAUUUUACAUAGCGCUUUUUUCCCUUUUGUCAUAAUGAUUUAAUUUCUGACUUAUUUAUAGCAGGGUUUUAUCCUGUGUGUAGAUCCACACUAAAUGUACUAAAUUUAUAUAUCCUGCCCUUCCUCCCAAUGGAGGCCAAUGGCAUGGCAAACAACGAGUGACAAAACAGCAAAUACAUCUUAGAAACAAAAUUUUAAAAACCCCAAAAGGCAAUUCUGUUUCAGAUGCAGACUAUUAAAGAUAACAAGUGAAGCCUUUUUCUGGCAUGGAGACAAAGAGAUGGAGGAACUGUUUGUCGGUUUAAUUUCUGCAUGUUGGCCUACUGUUAUAAAUGUAAAAGAGCAAGGCCAGUAAAAACUGUGGGAAAUCCUAUGCAGAAAGGAGGAUGCUUACCCUGGUUAUAUCUUGGAGCCGAUCUGUGACUUAUUUCUUCCCAAUGUCUACCUGCAGGUAAAGGUGAACCCAGCAAGCUGCCAAGAUGUGCAACUUGAAUUUUGUUUGGACCAUAGUGAAAUGUAUGUUUAAUAUCAUAAAGUGGAUUUGUAACAAGGCCAAAGGUAAGAGGAGUGGGCUGAUGCAGGGGGUCUUAUCAUUCACCCACCUUCCCCAAGGCUGUAUCCUUUUCUGUACUACAAAACCCAUCAGCUGCAGCCAGCACGGCCAUGAGAGCUGGGGCUGGUGGAAGCUGUAGUAUGUAACAGCUGAAGGGUACCAGGUUGGGUAAGGUUCCAGCGCAUUCAGAGUCUGAUCCUGAUACACUUCUCUUAAAAACAUACAGAAUACCCUCUCUGAAUGCUUAUUUGCCAUGCUUAAGACUUCCCUGAUUCUGUUGUUUAACCUUCUCUCAAAAACCUCAUAUUUUACCUGGUGCUUAGUUUUAAAUUACUUUUUAAAAAAUUAUACAGUAUUAUUUUUACCUAUUUCUGGAAACUGCCUCGCGAGGACCUGGUCCUAGCAGACAGGAUAGAAACAUUUUGGAUAAACAAAUAAAAUUAUACAGUGGUACCUCGGGUUACAGACGCUUCAGGUUACAGACUCCACUAACCCAGAAAUAGUACCUUGGGUUAAGAACUUUACCUCAGGAUGAGAACAGAAAUCGAGCGGUGGUGGUGGGAGGCCCCAUUAGUUAAAGUGGCACCUCAGGUUAAGAACAGUUUCAGGUUAAGAACAGACCUCCAGAACAAAUUAAGUUCUUAACCCGAGGUACCACUGCAGAGAAGUCAGGGAGGAUGGGGGGGAGGGAAUUAACUUAGAAAUAAAUAAAAAAAGAAAGAGCUUGUUUCAGUGGGCAUUUUACCUACAAGCACACUGGGCUUCGAUAAGUUAUUUCCCAACACUUUUUAUUGAAGGGGUGGGGCAGAUCUUUGCCAAUUAAAUAUAAUGAAGACAAACAUGAUACUCUGAGCUAAGACAUUUAAAUUAAACACCAAUAAGAUAAGGGCACCCAAAGCAGAGGCUCAGAUAAAGAUCUUGGUGACUGGGUGGCCCUGGCACAGGAGAAGGGACAAUGUCAUUAGAAACAUAGGGAGCUCACAGUAUUGCCCACACGGACUGGCAGUAGCUGUCCAGGGUAUCAGGCAGGGACCAUUCCCAGCUCUACCUGCAGAUGCUGGGGACUGAACCUAGGACUUUCUGCAUACAAAGCAGAUACUCUAGCCCUGAGCCACAGUAUGGUCUCUCCACAUUUUGCUGCCUGAGGACAAGAUGCCUCCUGCUCCCAUCUUCCACUGCCCUUGAGGGCAAACAGGCUACAGUGGUACCUUGGUUCUCAAACUUAAUCCGUUCCGGAAGUCCGUUCCAAAACCAAAGCGUUCCAAAACCAAGGCGCGCUUUCCCAUAGAAAGUAAUGUAAAACGGAUUAAUCCGUCCCAGACUUUUAAAAACAACCCCCCAAAAAAACCCAGCAAUUUAACCUGAAUUUUACAAUCUAAUCCAUAAAAUGCAAGCAAUAAUCAAUGUGCUGUACUAUAAAAUCAAUAAGACAGUAUUGUUGAUUGAUAAAAAUUAAAAUUAAUCUUUUUUCUUACCUGCAUUGUUGAUAGUCAUUGUUUGGAUUGGGGAGUGGGGCUUCUAUCCAUUUCUGCAGUCACACAAACAAUCAUUCAGUAGCUGAACUGGGUUCCACACAGUUACAAAAACAAAUUAACCGAAAAAGCCUCAAAAACGAAAACGCAAAAUAAAUAGCAAAAACAAAAGCGCCAGACUUAAUCCAUUCCAGAAGUCCGUUUGACUUCUGAAAUGUUUGAAAACACAAGGUGCAGCUUCUGAUUGGUGCAGGCGCCCUGGAAACAAUAGCCAGCAGUUGUAUCGGACGUUCGGCUUCUGAAAAACGUUUGAAAACCAGAACACUUACUUCCGGGUUUUCAGCGUUUGGGAACUAAGGCGUUUGAGAACUAAGGUACCACUGUAGAUGCACGGAUCAAGGUUUCUCCAAUGAGAUUUUCUGGAAAUGAGCAGCACAAGCCUGAACACGUUUACUCAGAAGUAAGUCCCUCUAAAUUCAGUGGGGCUUCCUGCCCAGGAAUUUGGUUAAGGAUUUGCCCCGGUAGGCCAGCUUCCCUUCCUGGUUUCUGGCCUCUUAUGCUUUUCCCAUAGUCUUCGUGUGUGUUUCUUUUUCAGAACGGAUGAAGCCACACAAGCCGGCGAUUGAAAAACCACCCAAGGCAGAGACUGAAAAACCACCCAAGCCAGUGACUGGGAAACCACCCAAACCAGAGACUGAAAAACCACCCAAACCAGCAACUGGGAAACCACCCAAGCCAGCAACUGAAAAGCAAGACUGAAGAGGGAAUGACGGACCUCCACAGUCCCAUCUUCUCCAACACUGGCAGUAACAUCCCUCUGACUGUCAAGGCACGCCAUGUUAUUUUGUUAAUGCAAUAAAGCUUGUUUGGAUCAGAA